AUGUCACAUUCAAAAAUUAAAUCUGAAUUAGCCAAACAGCAGUCACUUAUAGAUAACGCAUCAUCUGAUAUGCUUCCAUCAAUUGAUUAUCAAGGAUUAGCUCAAGAAUCAGCAGCGGUUGCAGCAGCAGCAGCUUCGAGUAGACAAAAACAAAAAACUCCACAAGAGCAUCAUCAACAAAUGUUAGAAAUACAACAACAAAAUCAACAAUAUUCACAUCAAAAUGAAUCAGAACCAAAUACUCCAACAACUGAAGUAGAAUCUCCAAAUGAUAUUGAAGAUGAAGGUGGUGAACAAGAUUCAAAUCAUGUAGAUAAUAUAAAAAAUCCUCAUAGAAUUAAAUUAUCAGCACAAGAUGUAAAAUUAAUAUUAUAUUUAAUUGUUGAAACUAAACCUUUUAAAUAUGUUGGUGAUAGAUCAUUAAGUCAAACCAAGAAAUGGGAAAUUAUACAAAAAAAAUACUUUAAUUUAAAAUUUAAAGAAUUACAACAUAAAAAUUUUGUUGUUCCAACUGUACGUACUUUACAACGUCAAUUAGCAGCAGGUGUUAAAAAAGCAAGUUCACAAAGAAGUAAAGAUGAUAUACCUCAUCCAAUUCCACCAACAUUAGAAGAAAUAGAUAAUGAUAAUUAUUAUAAUUUUGCAACAAUUGAUGAAUCAAGUCCACAAGAAGAAUUAGAAAGUGCAUUACUUGAUUUACAUCAUUUGAGUAACAAGAUAAAACUGUUAAAAAUGCAAAGUAAUAGUUUAAUUAAAGUAAAUUAUCAACCAAGAAUUAAAUCACAAAAAUCUUCAACAACAAUAGAUUCAAAUGGUAAAGAAACAACCAAAACAACAGAAUCAAAAGAUUUAUCAUCACAUAUUGAAGAAAUAUCUAAUUUGUUACUUGAAAAAUUUACAAAUUUAAAAAAAGAUGUUCAACAAGAAAAUGCAAAUAAAUAUGAAGAAACUUUUAAUGUAUUAGAAUUAGUAUUUCAACAUUCAAAUGAAUUAAGAAAUUUUAUAAAUGAAGAAAAUUUAACUUUAACAAAUACAAUUAAUUCAUUAGUAGAAACUCAUUUAAAUAAAAUUGAAUUUAUUAAAAAAGAAUAUAAUCUAAAACAAUUAGAUUUGAUUAAAAAAUUUGCUGAUAUUUAUCAAGAAGAUCUAUAUAAUAAUGAUGAAGAUUCUCAUCAAUUAUUAUUAGAAAAAAUUAAUUCAAUAAAAGAAAUAGUUGAUGUGUAG